CGGACUACUAUCACAGCUGGCAGGAGCGCAUGUCCAUAACCGUGGGGUGAGGGUGCCAACUGUGUCACGAGAAGCAAGCAGCAGCCGCCUCUGCACAACGAGAAAGACAAGCAUGAACGAGUCCUUACUGCAGGAUAGCAUUUCACCAAUAGUACUUCCUGAGUGACCAUCACCAUGAGCUGCGCGUCAACCUUCUCGUGGGAGCCCUAGAGGGUUUUCUCCAGGAAAGUGGGCACCGUCCAUCAUGCCCAGAUGGUCAAAGCUUGACUGGAUGUGACUGGCAUUGAUGUGUGCCAGUGGCGCUCGGCAGCCAGGAUGCAGUGGAGACGACGGCACUGCUGCACACACAUCGCCGUACUCCUCUCCCUGCUCUCCUUCGUAGGCUUGCUCCUCAUCCUGGGCCACCAGGACUGGCGGCCCGGACGCUCCAGCAGGAGGGAGAGCCAGAGCGCUGCAGCUGCCCGCGGGCCAGGGCAGCCCAGAGCAGAGGCCACCCACGGUCAGGGCCGCAACCACAGCCUCCUGCCCCGCGUCAGUGUGGCGUGGAGGGAUUCCCUAGCUCCGCCGGCCAAUGCAAACCCCAAGCCUGUGGUGGACCUCAGCUCCUUCCCUGGGGAGGAGGGUGGGGUGGUCGGCCUGGAGAACUCGCUGGGUGCCAACAGCAGCCUCAGCGAGGAGAUGAAGGCGGCUGGGUCCACGCUGCUCCUCGAGCCCUACGAGUACAUCAUAAACGAGCCCAACAAAUGCCGGGACAGCACACCCUUCCUGGUGCUGCUAGUCGCCACCGAGCCCGAGCAGAGGGAAGCCCGGGAUGCCAUCCGGCAAACGUGGGGGAAUGAGAGUGUGGCCGACGGCCUGGGGAUGGUGCGGCUUUUCUUGCUGGGAACAAGGAAUGCCAGCAGCAGGGCAGAAGGUGAGGAGCUUCACCGCUCUUUAAGAGCUGAGAGCCAGGUGUACCACGACAUCAUCCAGCAGGAGUACCUGGACACCUACUACAAUCUGACAGUUAAGACUCUGAUGGGAAUGCACUGGGUGGCCACCUACUGCCCUGGCGCCAACUACGUUAUGAAGACAGACAGUGACAUGUUUGUCAACACAGAGUACCUCAUCCAGAAGCUACUCCGGCCUGGCACGCAGCCGAGGAGGAGGUACUUCACUGGGUACCUCAUGCGAGGGUAUGCGCCAAACCGCAACAAAAACAGCAAGUGGUACAUGCCACCAGAGCUCUACCCAAGUGAGCGCUACCCGACUUUCUGCUCCGGAACAGGGUACGUGUUCUCAGGAGACAUGGCGGCCAAGAUCUACAGGGCCUCGUUGAGCAUACGGAGGCUUCACUUAGAGGACGUCUACGUGGGUAUCUGUUUGGCCAAGCUGCGGAUUGAUCCGACGCCUCCACCAAACGAGUUUCUGUUUAACCACUGGCGCGUCUCCUACAGCAGCUGCAAGUACAGCCACUUAAUCACCUCCCACCAGUUUCACCCCAACGAACUUCUCAAGUUCUGGCACCACCUGCAGAGCAACAAGCACAACGCCUGCAUAAACACACCCAAAGACAAAGACAGGGCCGGUAGGUUUCGCCAAAGAAAGCUGCACUGGGGCCAAGUUCUUGGGUGA